UGGGAUGGAGCGGGGCAGCGCUUGGAUCUCCGGUGGGCUGCGGGGGCGAGGCAGCGCCGUGUCCCGCUGCUGGCGUGCGCGGGCGAGUGUGUCAGGGCGCGCGAACGAGGAAGGCCGGGGCAGGGCCGAGCCCGGCGUCCUUGCCCAGGCGGGGAGCAGCGGGGACCCGAGCACGCGCCUGGCACCCGCGACUGGCGCCAGGGCUGGCGUUGGCGCUGGAGGCCGCACCCAGGGGGGCGAUCGCUGUGGCUUUGGGUUCUCCCGCUGCUGAUGGAGGCAUCCUGUGACCGCUAGCAGCAGAUGGCAUUUAAUGAGUGCUUCAGUUUGACCUACCCUGGAAACCCCCACCCAGGGGACUUGAUUGAAGUGUUCCGUCCUGGCUAUCAGCACUGGGCCUUGUACUUGGGUGAUGGUUAUGUUAUCAACAUAGCUCCUACAGAUGGCAUCCCUUCGACAUUCACAAGUGCUAAGUCUGUGUUCAGCACAAAGGCCCUGGUGAAGAUGCAGCUGUUGAAAGAUGUUGUGGGAAAUGACACGUACAGAAUAAACAAUAAAUACGAUGACACGUACACCCCCCUCCCAGUGGAGGAAGUCAUUCAGCGGUCAGAGUUUGUCAUAGGACAGGAGGUGACGUAUGACAUCCUGGACAACAACUGUGAGCAUUUUGUGACCUUGCUUCGCUAUGGAGAAGGAGUCUCAGAGCAGGCUAACCGAGCAGUAAGUACUAUUGGAUUGGUGACAGCUGUUGUUAGUACCUUCUCAUUCCUGGGCUUGUUUCCAAAAAAGCAAAGAACAAAUUACCAUUAACAAUUUAUCGAAGAGAUAUUGGAACUGAAGGAAUUUGAAAGGAGGAAAAAACAGAAAACCUGAAAUGAAUACUUAUUUUCAAAGCAUCAUUAUUGCCCCAUAUUCUAAUGAUGGAUGGCAUGCUCUUUAAUAAAUUGCUUACUGUCAUUCUCUUA